UGUAUGGUUUGACGGUUUGAACUACACGUAGUCCUGAUUGGACUACACUUUGACGUCAUCACGGCGCGCCUGUAACGAGAAAGCCCUCUAAUGCACGUGAGCUCGGCGGUUAGAGGUCUGUUUAGAUGUAAUGUGCUCUCGAGACCGGUUAACAGAUGUGUAAUUAAUAAAAUAACACACCACAUCAGCUCGUCUUGUAAAGUUUAUCGUCAGUUUCGGUGUCAGCAGAGCAGCUUGACGAUGGAGCAGGCAGCCGUCGCCGCUGAGGCAACCCCGGUGGAGGUGAAGCAGGCGUCAGAAACCGGGAAACGCAAAAGCGAAGAGCCGGAUCGACCUGAGACAAGCGGCCAGGGGAAGAGGCGCAGAGGGACGGGAGGGAAGAAACAGCGUCCGGGCGAGAGAUACGUCCCCCCGCCGCAGAAGCGGAACCCCGGGGUCAGCUUCAACCAGGAACACUUCGACGAGACCUCCUACUACUUUGAAGGUGGCCUGCGCAAAGUGUGUCCGUACUACUUUGACUUUAAAACUUACUGCAAAGGUCGGUGGGUUGGGAAGACCCUCCUGGAGGUCUUCAAGACUGAGUUCAGAUCCGAGUCCAUAGAGUAUUACCAGAGGGCUGCCAAAGAGGGUCGCAUCCGGCUGAAUGAGACCAUCGUGGAGGACCUGUCUGUGGUGCUCAGGAAUAAUGACCACAUGAGGAACACCGUGCACCGCCACGAGCCCCCUGUAGUCGGCCGACCCUUGGAGAUUCUGGCGGAUGAUGGCGAAGUGCUUGUGGUCGACAAACCCGCCUCCAUCCCGGUCCACCCAUGUGGGCGCUUCCGCCACAACACAGUGAUUUUCAUCCUGGGCAAUGAGCGGGGCAUCUCUGAGCUCCACACGGUCCACAGACUGGACAGGCUCACCUCGGGAGUGCUGCUGUUUGCCAGGACACUGGAGACCUCACAGAAACUGGACCAGUUGGUGCGAGACAGGCAGCUUGAAAAAGAGUAUGUGUGCCGAGUACACGGGGAGUUUCCAGAAGGUGAGCUGAUCUGUGAAGAGCCCAUCCUGGUCGUUUCCUUUAAAAUCGGGCUCUGUCGAGUUAACCCGAAAGGAAAGGAGUGCAGGACCGUCUUCCAGAGACUUAGCUUUAACGGUAAAACCAGUGUUGUUCGCUGUUUGCCCCUGACUGGCCGUACACACCAGAUCAGGGUUCACCUCCAAUACCUGGGCUUCCCUAUCCUCAAUGAUCCCAUCUAUGGGUCUUCAGUCUGGGGUCCUGACAUGGGUAAGGGGGGACUGGUAGGAAAGAGUAAUGAGGAGCUGCUGCAGGCUCUGGUAGAGGAACAUCGCUCUAAGGAAAGCCUUCACCUGUUGGAUAUUCCAGAUGAUGGGAUUAGGAUUGAACAAGAAGCAGAGAAAAGCAAGACGUCUGAGAAAGCAGAUGGAUUAGAAGAAACCUCUGAACCUAAGAAAAGUGAAGAAAGUCAUCAGACACAGGAGACGACAAGCAGUGAGACGGUGAAUAAAGCAAGUCAGAGCUGCACAGACCUGAACACUGACAUUACCUCACUCAAACCUCCAAUCAAAUCCAACGGAAGUCAAACAGAAAUAACUGACACGACUCAUAAAAGUCCUCCAGGGAACAGAGACCACCUGUGCAGUGAAUGUAAGCUUGUGCGACCAGAUCCCACAGAGAAGGAGCUCAUCAUGUAUCUCCAUGCGUUACGCUACAAAGGACCUGAUUUUGAAUACUCUACACGUUUACCCGAUUGGGCCAAAGAGGACUGGACGGAAACUGAUUAGAUGAAGACCGCCGAUGACUCUUAGGUCACUGCCUUCAUGCAUGUUUUGCAGACAUUUAAAAGUAUGAGCAGAAAUAUUUAAGAGGUUUUGCUCUGAGGCAGUUUUUUGAUUUUGCUGUGAUAAUUCUUGAGCAACUUCCGAAGGCGGCAUAAAACGCCAUAAUCUUUUUAAGUAUAUGCUAUUUCCACCAGAAUAUGAUUUUCCUUUGGCUCCAAGCUGUUUAUCCCCUUAAACUCAAAUAUGAAUUCUCAUUUUACUUUGUGAAAACUGUUUUUAUGUCGAGAAAAUAGUUUUAAUUUAAUUUCAUCCUUUAAGCCUGUAAUCCGUCUGGGACUCCAACCAAGAUUUGAAAUAAAUUGAAGUCCAAA